AUGAUGAAAGAACCUGAGAAGAUCAUAAAAAAACAACAUAUUAAUGGAUAACUUAAAUAUUAAGUGAAAUGGAAAGGUUUUGAUGAAACUACUUGGGAAGUUGAAGAAAAUGUAAAAAAGUACAAAGAACUAAUUGAAGAUUUCAACUAUUUUUGUUUAACGGGAGAAAGAUAUGAUGAUAAGAAACUUGAUGAAAUUAGAUAGAUAACAGCAUAAGCAUAACCUAGAACAGCAAUAAAAAGAGUAGCUGGACCUAGACCUCCUGAUCCUAAUAAAAAGGAUAAAAAGGCAGAAAAAGUAGAUUAAAAACAUUCAGAAAUUAGUGAAACAUUAUCUUAAAGUCAACUUGAGAAUGGGAAUAACAACAAUAAUCAAAAUACAUCAAAUAAUAAUAAUAACAUUCCUAUUUCUAAUGAAAUCUAAACUUCUCAUAUUUCCAAUUAAAGUAAUGUUGUUUCAAAUCUUUAAACAGCAUUGAUAGUUAAUAUGCAUUAAUAGAAUCAUAAAACUGGUAGCAUAAUUUCAUAAAAAUAAUAGGAAUUAACUUAGUAAAUAAUAUUUAAUAUUUUUAUAGAAAAGUAACAUAACAUUAUGCAAAUUAAGAUGAUAAAUUAGCUAUGAUUAAAUUAUAAAUAACAGAAGAUAAUUGUGUAUUCUAAUUAUAAUGGAAAUAAAGAUCAGAUGGAAUAACUCCACUUCCUGAAUUCUAUAGUUAUGAAUAAUUUAAAUUAUAGGCACCUUUAUUUUUUAUUAAAUUUAUUGAAACAUGUUUAUUGGAAUGUUAAAGCAUUGAUAGUGACAUUAAGUAAACAAUUUAUUAUUAAUCUAGAUUUGAAAUAGCAGGAAAGGAUCUCUUUGAAAAAACUAAUUUAAUAAAAAGUGCAUUAUAAAAAAGAGAAGUAGGUGACAAAAAGAAAAGUGUCUAACCAUUAUUGAUAUCAUGA